AUGGCCGGUGUGAGGCUGGACUUUGGCUUGCUUUUGAAGCCCCUGUGCUUCAUUAAGGUCCGUGAGUGGGGCUGGGGAUGCCUUUUUGCCAUCUUUGCUCUUGCCACAUGUGGAGGCUUUCAAGAUGGAACUACUCUUCUAGUUUCCUGUUAAGGCAUGGUAAACAAAACAGUUACAGCUGCUUUUGCUUAUCCUUUCAGGUAAAUAUUAUUGAAUACUGUUGUAUUUAGUGCACCCGACCCAAAUUUCUGUGGUGGUACUUGAACUGAUGUUUAUCUUGAAGGCUACUUCUCCUCUUCUGCACAGUUCUCCAUUACUACACCUGCAGUGUUGGUGUUCCUCUACAGCAUUGCAGCUCUUGUGGUAUAUAUUGGAUAUAAGCAUGUGUAUGACCAAAACAGGAGGUUUCCCCAAACUGACUUGGUUAUCCCUGUCAUAACAACCUUUUUAUGGCUAGUCAGUACUUUUACUUGGGCAAAGGUGCUUCCUGAUGUCAAAAUGUACACAGGGGCCAGCAUUAUUCUAGGAAUUGAAUCUUGCAAAACACCAGGAACAACUUGUCAUUUUGCUGCUGUGACCAGCAUGGGAGCUCUGAAUAUGUCUGUAGUAUUUGGCUUGAUUAAUAUGAUUUUAAGGGAAGGAAAUACUUGAUUUCUAUUCAAGGACACCAACCUGUGCAACCAGCCAAACAGAAUUUCUCAAAGUCCAGCAAUACCUCAAAUUCAAAGAGGAGCGUAAAAACAAGGUGAUACUUUGAAGUGCUUCCAGGUUUACAUCAUACUGCCAAAGCAUGGAGCCAUUAGGAUUUACGUCAAGAAUAACUAAUGAUAUUUUGUAAAAACUUGUUUUGCACUAUGGUUUGACUUAAGGUCUCAGAUACUCGAAGUGUUAUCUUGAAAUAUAUUAUACCUUUCA